UACAUACAUGCACGUAUGUUUAGCACCGGGCUGAUUAGGUGUUUAGGUUGAUAGCGCUGAACGGCACGGUGUCUGACAGUAUUGAUCAAGUAGAGAGUAGAGUUUAUCUCGUGUUACACGGCAAUGGAACGGAGCUGGAGCUGCGAAUGAACUUCGCGAGGUUCGUGUAUUCGGGUCCCCGCGCCGCGGGGACCGCCGACGAUCCGCAAGAAGAGGACGCGGAUGGAUUCAGGCUGGUGCACUCGUUGAAGAUCAACGACUCGGUCCCGUUCUCCAUGUACAAAUCCGCGAGAACCGGCCUGACAGUUUGCAUCGCGGACGUGGAAGGUCCGAUUGUCAACUGCCACUUUGCACUCGCCACCGAAGUGCUCAAUGACGAAGGUCUUCCUGAAGCGGUGGCACAUAUUCUAUUUGCGGGCAGCGAACAGUAUCCCUAUACAAAUCUUUUGGAUCGCUGGUCCUACAGAUGUUUGUCACUUGGCACUGAGACUCAUACGUUUCAGGAUUACACUUGUUACAGCAUGAAAACAAGUGGGAGCGAAGGAUUUUUUUCCCUACUGCCCGUAUACCUCGAUCAUAUUCUUUAUCCUACUCUUAAGGAAGCAGCAUAUAUUAUAGAUAUACAUCAUAUUACUAAGUAUGGAGAAGAUGCGGGUACAUUAUAUUUUAACGCCAAGAAUAAAGAAUUAGACGGAGAACAUGUAACAUAUACUGAACUAAUGAAAGCGAUGUAUCCUGAAAAUUGUGGAUAUAGCUCGAUUGUUCAAGGUACAUCGUCGCACAUAUCACAAUAUCUCGUUCUCGACGAUAUCAAACGAUAUCAUAAGGAAUAUUACAGACCAGAAAACCUAACUGUGUUAAUAGUAGGCCAAGUACAGCAUGAUAAAGUUUUGCAAGUGUUAGAACCUUUAGAAGAAAAAAUAAUAUCAAAGGGAGAGAGAAGUGUGUUUAAAAGACCCUGGCAGACUCCAAUUAAACCGCUUACAAAAAGCGUAGAUGUGGAAUUCCAAUAUCCGUGUUACUCCCGCGUUGGGGCACAUGUUCGUAUAGCUUGGCAAGGACCGUCCACGGUUAAUAAAUUGUACGAUUAUUUCGGCUUUUGCUUACUCUCGCAAUAUUUCACAUCCGACGGUGCAUUGCAAAAAGAAUUUAUCAGGGAACAGAUUUCUUAUGAAUAUUACUUACAUGAAUUCUCGACUUCAGCUUUAAGCUUGAUGUUCCCGAAUGUGCCGGGUCGUAAAGUUCCUCUAAUCAAGGAGUCUGUGAUCAAAGUACUUAAACAUAUAUCUGACGUUGGUAUACAGUUAAAAGAAAUGAAGACUGUAAUUCGCAGAUAUAUUAUUAAAAUUUUAAGUGACUUGGAAAACAAUCUGCAUAAUACAAUCGCAACUGGGCUAUUUAAACAUGUAUUAUAUGGAAAAACGAACAAAGAUCUGGAUUAUAGAUUGAACGUUGUACAUUAUCUCAAAAGAUUAGAAAAUGAACCUAAAUGUUACUGGUCAAAUCUUUACAAGAAAUAUUUUGUCGAUACGCCGAUGAUCGUUGUAAGAGGCACGCCUAGCCGUGAAAUGUUGAAGAUAUUUUUGGAAGAGGAGAGAAACACAAAAAUCGAUCGGAUACACGAGUUCGGCAUGCUUGGUUUAGCGAGAAACGAUAUACUCUUUUUCCAAGCCAUAAACGAAAAUUCACAUAUACCCGACGAAGUAUUAGAAAGUAUACCUGUACCUGGCACAGAUUCCAUUGACUUCCAUCACAUUAAAAGUUACAGUACAGAAACCCUGGAGCAGCAUCCUGAAUUUGAUGUCACUCAACUGCCGUUUUUUACCCAUCUAGAUCAUGCCGAUACAAACUUUAUUUAUAUGUUCGUCAUCAUGGACACUACUUCCAUUAGUAAAGGAUGUAAAAAAUAUAUUCCACUAUUGCUAGAGCUCAUUAUGGAAUCUCCGGUGAAAAGGGCCGAUCAUCUGAUUCCUUAUGAGGAAGUAAUAGAUGAAUUGAAAGCAGAUACUGUCGCGACUGCCACUCAAAUUAGUAUUUUUAAGCCCAUAGGAUUCUCAUUCAAAUCUUCUGGUGUUUAUUUGAUGCUUCAACUUGAAUAUGAAAAGUAUGAGAAAGGUGUUAAGUGGAUUAAAGAACUUUUAUAUGAUACUGUGUUAACAGUUGACAGAUUAAAAGCAGUAGCAACGAAAAAAGUAAAUGAUAUUGCUCAAUUGAAGAUAAAAGGGGACCAGAUUGCAAACGAUUUAAUGAAAAUAUUACUGUACAAUGAAGACAGCAAUCCUUUCAUGUUCAGCUUAUUGCAACAAGAAGAAUUCCUCACCGACAUUAUAGAACGUUUGAAGAAUGAUGCGGGUCAGAAGGAAAUCAUGGCAAAUAUCGAAUCAAGCAGAAAAACUCUGACGUUAUCAAAAAAUAUGGAAUUGUAUAUGACUGUUAACGUCACGAAAUUAACAAAGGAAGUUUCAAAUGUCUACGCUCCAUGGGAAACAUUCUUUCCUGAUGUAGUUACAGAAAAAGCCAAGCUCAACAUUACUGCUGAUUGGACAUUAAUGACUCUCACGAACCAUGUUGCUAUUAACGGAUGUAUCGUGGGAUUGGAAAACAAAACGAAGGCAUUCUUCCUACGAACUUAUCCCUCCAUAGAUGACUAUCGGAACCCUGAUCUGCCGGCUUUGCUCGUUUGUUUGAUGUAUCUUGAUCAAAUGGAUGGACCCUUAUCGUUAUUAAUUCGACACUCUGAACGUGCGCGUGAUUUCGAAUUUUUCGUGUCGUUGCACGAAGGGUUAUUGUACCUGGCUAUUGAUGACGCUACAGACUUGCUAGGCGCAUACAUUAAGGCAAAAACGAAUGUGGAAAAUCGUGUGUCUGGACAUUGGGCCGACAACUUUUGCGAAUCGGCCAAAUCGCUUAUGAUCUACCAGAUCAUAACAAUGAAGAACGCCAUAGGCAACAGAGCGAAUGAAUCAUUAAGGUGUUGUCGCGGUAUGCCGCUUGAUCAUUGUCUUCCAUUGAUACGACAUAUCUCUGCCGUUACUAAGGACGAUAUGAACCGCGUAGGGAAUCAAUAUAUCAUGCCGUUAUUCGAUCCGGAAGUGUGUAAGACUAUCAUCGUUUGUCACACGUCUAAAAUCUCGACAAUGGACGAGGCUUUUAAAGAAAUGCAUCAUAGUUUUAAGACGUACAACAAUUUUAAAGGAGCUUAUUCAAUACUAUCUGAAAAAACGCAAAAACAAACAAAGAUUUAUCAAUAAUAAAGAUAUAAAGAUUUACCAAUCAAAAUCUUGGGAAACAUCCAAGAUCGUUCAAAUGUAUUUUACGCUCUUUUUGAGAAAGUUAUUUGAUAUGUGAAUUUGAUGUGAAAUACUAAAGAUUUCAUAUUUAAUAUAUAAAUGUUUAAUAUACAAUGUA